GUUAGUUCUUCACUUCAUUUGCUCUUUUCUUUCACCACCUUUUUGAAGCAGCACAUAGAAAAAUACAAACAAAAUUAUUGGGAAAGAAGAGUCUUUUUUUUAUGUUUCAAGAAGUUGGUGUUGAGAAUAUAGAGAAAAAAAAAUGCAAGCUUUCAAAGCAGCAGUAGUACCAGCUGUUACUCUUAAUAAUAAUAAUAACUCUAAUAUGUAUUGCCACUCAAAUUAUUACCUCAGAAAUGAUGAAGCUAGUAGACAUGCAGCACGUUUUGCAGAUAUUGGAGAACUUGAACAGUCUGCAGGGUUCACUCAAGAAGAUACUGUUGAUUUAAGCAGAAGUUCUUUGUAUGGUGAGAUGAGGCCAAACAAUGUUGGUGUAGUUUCUUGUAACAACAAUAAUAACUUACACUUUGGUGAACUUAAUACGAGUAUUGGGUCAUCAGAAACAGGGGUGGAUAAUACAGGGGGGUUCAUGUUGCAGCACAAGGCACAAACAGCAAUGGCGGGGGGUGGUGUUGUAGGUGGUGGUGCAUUGGGAAAUGUGCAGCAUUUUGAGAAAUGGGGUGAUUCUGGUAUUGCAGACCAUAGCCAGCAGACUGACACCUCAACAGAUGUUGAUACUGAUGAAAGAAACCAUCAGAGCCAAGGAGUUCAGCAUGGUGCAUUAAUAGCUGUGGACUCCAUUGAUCAGUCCAAAGUAAAGCUUGGAGACCAGAAGACACUUCGCAGGUUGGCUCAGAAUCGAGAAGCUGCUAGGAAAAGCCGAUUGAGGAAAAAAGCAUAUGUUCAACAGCUGGAGAAUAGUAGGUUCCGACUAUCACAGUUAGAGCAGGAACUAAAACGAGCCCGCCAACAGGGCAUAUUUAUUGCUAAUGGAUAUACGGGAGAUCAGAGUCUUUCUGCUGGUGGAAAUGGGGCACUGGCAUUUGACAUGGAUUAUGCACGUUGGCUAGAAGAACAUCAACGACAUAUCAGUGAUCUCCGAUCAGCUGUAAAUUCUCACAGGGGCGAUAAUGAACUCCGCCAUCUUGUUGAUGGAGUAAUGUCACAUUAUGAUGAAAUAUUCAAGUUAAAGAGCAUAGGUGCAAAAUCAGAUGUUUUUCAUAUGCUGUCGGGAAUGUGGAAAACUCCUGCAGAAAGGUGUUUCAUGUGGUUGGGCGGAUUUCGUUCUUCUGAGCUUCUCAAGAUUCUUGGCAACCAUCUUGAACCGUUGACAGAGCAGCAGCUCAUGGGCAUAUGUAAUUUGCAGCAGUCUUCUCAGCAAGCUGAGGAUGCUCUAUCACAAGGUAUGGAAGCCCUGCAACAAUCUCUAGUUGAUACACUUUCAUCUACGUCUCUCGGCCCUACUGGCUCGGGAAAUGUAGCCGACUAUAUGGGGCAAAUGGCAAUCGCAAUGGGCAAGCUUGCCACACUCGAGAACUUCCUUUAUCAGGCUGAUCUUUUGCGACAACAAACUUUGCAACAAUUGCAUCGAAUCUUGACAACCCGUCAAGCUGCUCGAGCCCUUCUUGUCAUAAGCGAUUACAUGUCAAGGCUUCGGGCACUCAGCUCGUUGUGGUUAGCACGCCCCAAAGACCAACUCUAGUAGCCCAUGAAUAUUCACAUCUACAAGGUUCCUCCUCCUCAGGGGGGCAUUUUAUGAACCUUUGAAUUGUGAAGACAAGUCAUUAUAUGGUUGUUCACAACUAUCAAAAGGCCGUCAUUCCAAAUGGCACGAUGACAGCAUAUAGUUCUCGGCUAAUAUCUCGAUCCACACUGACUCCAAAUAUCUUGUGACAAUUAGUGAUCUGUAUACUAUUUUUAGUUCUUUAAAGGUACUACUAGCUAUUUUCUUGUAUUAGGUAUGUUAAAUGGUUAUUCGAAUAUAUUGCUUAGUAA